GCAGAAUUGAUGGUUCAUCUUCCUGGUAAGCAGAAGGUGCAGAGUACAAGCAGGCUCCCAGGGGCUGAAAGCAAACACCAGCAGAGUAUGCUGAGUGGUUUUGCCCCUGCUAGAAUUGGAAUGAUCCCUCCCCAGGGCAAAACUCCUUCCUGAGAGCUUCGGGGCAGGAGCAGGCAGGAAUCUCUUCCUGCCAGAAGGGAGCAGCUGUUCAGUGGGUAGAAGCUGCUGCAUGUUGUGCUCUGCAAUCUCAGCCCCACAUAAAACUGUCCAAGCUUUUCCUGAGGCUUUGUUUUGCAUCCCCCAUCCUGUGACAGCAAGAGAGGAGCCUGCUACAGAGAUGCUGGGGUCAGGCACGAUGGGUACCUGUUGCCCACCAGGAUGGAGACACCCAUGGACACAGGGAGGAAGCAGGGCAGGGAGCUCAGGGCAUGCAGAAACAGGCUGGAAUCCAUGGAUUCCAGGGUGUCAUUGUUGCCAAGAUUAGGGGCAGUGGGAAAGGCUGGCAGUCGUGCAGGGCUGGAGGUAAACGGAUCAAGCAGCAAUUGGCAGGCUCAGCAAGGGGAGGCUUAGCCCAACCCAGCCCAGAUUUGCUGUGGUUGCUCGGGAGCUGGGGCAGAGCUGUGGGUGGAGCACCCUUGGCACAUCACCCUGUGUCACCCCACGGGGUUUCAGCAGCUCCACUGUGCUCCUCUGCACAUCCCUGCACAUGGGUGAGACGAGCUCCUUUCUCACAGCGCUGCCGCACCCUGCACCAAAGCCAGGCUGGCUGCUGGGAGCGGGGGCACUCAGGACAGCUGGGUGCCAGUAAUCCCAUUUGCAGGCAGCCCAGGGCUAAUCCUCGCAGAGCCCUGAGCCGAUUGAGGUGGGCCGGGGGACAGCGGCAGUGAGCUGCAGUGCUGAGGGAGCCCACGCGUCCCAGGGUGGCUUCCCAGGGAGGCAGUGCUGAGCCUGCAGGGGACCUGGAAACAGAAGGACACCAAGGACCUUCUUGGGCUGCUCAGGAGACAGCCCAGUGAGCAGCUGGCAUUCCCUGGGCAGUGGCACCCCUGCUGCUGGGCUCCUGCCAGCUGGAGACCCCUGGGCACGGCCCGCAGGCAGCGGGAUGAUGGGCUGGAUUGACCGGGUGGUGCCCCAGCCCCCGGUGCCCCGUGUGACAGAGGAGACCCCUGUGCAGCCAGCUAAGGCACCCCCAGGAAAGGCCGGUGGCCCCACAGAUGCUGCUGAGCGGGCACGCACUGAGGAAACGGAAAAGAAAGUGGCCUUUGUGGUUUCUGAGGACUCGAGUUCUGUGUUUGACAGUGUGGGGAGCAGUGUGCUCUCCUGGCUCUCCCAGGGGCUGGAGAAGGUGAUUCCCCAGCCAGCCCCAGCCCCAGGGCUGCAGGCACUCGGGAAGAGCUUCGAGACAAGCAUCGACAUUGCUGAUGAGACAGAGGUCCAGGUCCUUGGGGAUGAGGACGACGAUGGCCUGGAGAUAACUCCCUUUGAUGCCGAGGAGGAGGAUGUCUCCGAGGGCGAGCCGGAGAGCACCCCGGAGCAGUGGACAGGAAAAGGGGUGCUCAGCUGGCUCUCACAGGGCUUCGAGAGGAUUUUGCCGCAGCCAGAGGGGAUGAAAAAGCCAGAGACAGAGCCGAAGGAGAGGAGCGAAGGCGCGGUGGAAGGCGCAGAAGGGGCUAAAACCCAGGCGAAGUCAAAAUGCAGCCCUCCAGGCCCUCAGAGCGCCGCAGCAGCAGCAGCCCAGGGCCAGCCGGAGCCGGGGGCCGCCCUGAGCCCUCAGACCGCGGCUGCGGAUGGCACCAGGAUGUUCAGCUGGUUUGUGCAGGGGCUGGAGAAGGUGAUGCCACAGCCGGUGACCAGGGAGAAGCCAGACACACAGGGAGGGGCCACAGCAACCUCGAGUCCUGUGGAACAAAUUCAUGUAGUCCCUGGGGAGCAGGAGGAAACCCAUCCCACCCUGCAAGAGAUUGGUGAUGGCCAGGUUAACGAAGAGAUGCCGGCCUGCGCUCACCAGGCUGAGCUGCAGGCAGAUGCUCGUUCCCUUCCCACCAUCCAGGAGGAACCUCAGGAAGAAGAAACCAGACUGGGCUUGUGCUCCCCGAACACUACCAGGGGCGAUGAGGAAAAGGAGGAGGAGGAGGAGAAAGAGGAGGAGGAGGAGGAAGAGAGGAAGAAAGAGGAAGAGGAAAGGAAGAAAGAGGAGGAGGAGGAGGAGAGGAAAAAAGAGGAAGAGGAGAUGAAGCAAGAGGAGGAGGACAGGAAAGAGGAGGAAGAAGAGAGGAAGAAAGAGGAAGAGGACAGGAAAGAGGAGGAAGAGGAGAGGAAGCAAGAGGAGGAGAGAAAAAAGGAAGAAGAGGAGAGGAAGCAAGAGGAGGAGAGAAAAAAGGAAGAAGAGGAGAGGAAGAAGGAGGAAGAGGAGAUAAAACAAGAGGAGGAGGACAGGAAAAAAGAGGAAGAGGAAAGGAAGGAAGAAGAAGACAGGCAAAAGGAGGAAGAGGAGAGGAAGCAAGAGGAAGAGGAGAUUAAGCAAGAGGAGGAGGACAGGAAAAAAGAGGAAGAGGAGAGGAAGGAAGAAGAAGAGGAGAGGAAAAAUGAGGAAGAGGAGAAGAACCAAGAAGAAGAGGAGAUGAAGCAAGAGGAGGAGGAGAGGAAAAAAGAGGAAGAGGAGAGAAAGCAAGAGGAAGAGGAGAACAGGGAAAAUGAGGAAGAGGAGAGGAAGAUAGAGGAGGACAGGAAAAAAGAGGAAGGGGAGAGGAAGGAGCAGGUGAAGAAGAAGGAGGAGAAGAGGAAGAAGGAGGAGGUGAAGAAGAAAGAGGAGAAGAGGAAGGAGGAGAAGAGGAAGAAAGAGAAGGAGAGAAAAAAAGAGAAGGAGAAGAAGAAAGAAGAAAAGAGGAAAGAGGAGGAGCAGGAGGCGAGUGCAGAACCCCUGCUGCAGCCUCCUUGUCUCCCUGCUGAUGAGGGUGUGGAUGAAGCCUGCCUUGCCCAGGAGGCCCCCAGGGCUGAGCAGCUGGAGGAAGCUGAGAUAAGUAAUCUCCAAGGUGCCCUUGUGCAGGUGGAAGAGGAGACAGCUGAAGCUGCCAAAGCCGAUGCUGAAGGUCAUUCUCCCACCGUGGAGAUCCAGGAUGUGGACAGCCCAGGCCUUGCUGUGGAGAUCCACGGCACCCACGGAGAGCUGCCUGCUGCCGGCGCUCCCAACCUGCUGGCGGUGCCCGGCACUGCAUCCCCCAGGAGGAAGCAACUGCUCCCAGAGGAUGCUCUGGACAUGGGGCUGGUGAGCCAGGGGCUGGGCUGGGACCAGGAGCAGAGGGAAAGCCUGCCCGAGCGCAUCGGCUCGGCCUCGAGCCUGAGCAGCGCCGUCAUCAACACCCGGCUCCAGGAGCUGGUGAGGCUCUUCAAAGAGAGGACUGAGAAGGUGAAGGAGAAGCUGAUUGACUCUGAUGUCACCUCAGAUGAUGACAGCCCUGUGGCAUCUCCCACCAAGCCAGCACCUGCAGCAGCAGCAGUGCCUGCCCCAGGAGGGGAGCUGGAGGGGGACAAACCUUUGGGGGAUGACCACUACUGUGAGAUGCUGUGCUGCACGUUCAAGCACCGGCCCUGGCUGGACCACCUGAAAAGCUACCAGUUCCCCAGCAGCAUUGACCCUCUCACCAAUCUGAUGUACGUGCUGUGGCUGUUCUUCGUGGUCAUGGCCUGGAACUGGAACUGCUGGCUGAUCCCUGUCCGCUGGGCCUUCCCCUACCAGACUGCAGCCAACAUCCACUACUGGCUGCUGGUGGAUUACCUCUGUGACCUCAUUUAUCUGCUGGACAUCCUCAUCUUCCAGACCCGGCUGCAGUUCGUGCAGGGGGGAGACAUCAUCACUGACAAAAAGGCCAUGAAAGAGAACUACCUGCGAUCUCAGCGCUUCAAGAUGGAUGUGCUGUGCUUGCUGCCCCUGGAUUUCUUCUACUUCAAAGUGGGCGUCAACCCCCUGCUGCGCUUCCCUCGCUGUCUGAAGUACAUGGCCUUCUUCGAGUUCAACAGCCGCCUGGAGGCCAUCCUGACCAAGGCAUACAUCUACAGAGUGAUUCGGACCACUGCCUAUUUACUGUACAGCCUGCAUGUGAACUCCUGCCUGUACUACUGGGCCUCAGCCUACGAAGGACUGGGCUCCACCACCUGGGUCUAUGAUGGGGAAGGAAACAGCUACAUCCGCUGCUACUACUGGGCAGUGAAAACCCUCAUCACCAUCGGGGGCCUGCCAGACCCCAAGACACUGUUUGAGAUUGUCUUCCAGCUGCUGAACUACUUCACAGGGGUCUUUGCUUUCUCUGUCAUGAUAGGGCAGAUGAGAGAUGUGGUUGGUGCUGCUACUGCAGGACAAACGUACUACCGGAGCUGCAUGGACAGCACCAUCAAAUACAUGAACUUCUACAGGAUCCCCAGAGCAGUUCAGAACAGGGUGAAGACGUGGUACGAGUACACGUGGCACUCCCAAGGCAUGCUAGAUGAAUCAGAGCUGCUGGUGCAGCUGCCAGACAAGAUGAGGCUGGACAUCGCCAUCGACGUCAACUACAACAUCGUGAGCAAAGUGGCCCUUUUCCAGGGCUGUGACAGACAGAUGAUCUUUGACAUGCUGAAGCGGCUCAGAUCUGUGGUCUACCUGCCCAACGACUUUGUGUGCAAGAAGGGAGAAAUAGGCCGUGAGAUGUACAUCAUCCAGGCGGGGCAGGUGCAGGUGCUGGGGGGACCCGACGGCAAAUCCGUGCUGGUGACUCUGAAAGCUGGAUCUGUCUUCGGGGAAAUCAGCCUGCUGGCAGCAGGAGGGGGAAAUCGCCGGACAGCAAACGUCGUGGCCCACGGCUUCGCCAACCUUUUUAUUUUGGAGAAGAAAGACCUGAACGAGAUUUUGGUGCAUUACCCGGAGUCGCAGAAGCUGCUGCGUAAGAAAGCCAAGAAAAUGCUGAGAAGCAACGACAAACCCAAAGAUGAGAAGGGCGGCCCCGGAGAUGCCCUGGUCAUCCCCCCGAGGGCUGAGACCCCCAAGCUGUUCCGGGCUGCCCUGGCUGCCUCGGGGAGGAUGGGGGGCAAGGGGCCCCUGGGGCGGCUCCGCUGGAGGCUGAAGGAGCUGCAGGCGAUGCAGGAGGCGCAGGGUUCCAGUGUCAGCCCAACCCCACCAAAAUCACCAGUGCACCAGAGAUCGCCUGUCGCGUCCCACAGAGCGCAAACCCGCCUGGGAGGAGAAAUAUCCUCAGAAUCUCCUGAUCAUUCAGUCACCAUUCGUGUGACUUCCACAGCAAAAGAAGAUGAGGAAAUCCUUGCUGCUGAGAUUUCAGAGAAAGAUGAAAAAAAAGAAGAGCAAUGAAACAGCAGCAGGUCCCAGGGCAGGCGUAGGAGUCAGGCAAAUGCCUGGGCUAGCAGAUUUUUGUUGUUAAUGAUUUCCAUGCAGUGGCUGUAGGUUUGCUAUGUGCUGUGGGUAGGAUCUGCCUCUCUCUUCUGCUCAGACCCUCAAUCACUGCUGAUAAAACCCUCUGCCAUUUGACCCAGAACCACAUAAGGUUCCUCCACUCUGGAGAUCCAUUGGCACCUUUAUGAAUUUCCCACUAAAUCUCAGGUCAGCCCUCUUGCUUUGAAAUCUGGCCUUGUGGAGGGAGAGCUAUGGAAAAAUUGCUUUUUAUGGCUCUGGGUGGUUAAUGAGUGUUCAGACAAAGCAUGAAGAGUUAUUCACCUCUGACAGCUGAGUCACCACUUGGCUAGAAACAAGGAAGGAAAAAAAACAACAAGGUUUCUCUGUUGGGCUCAAGGUUGACAGCAGCAGUGGGGAGUGAUUCAUCUGAAAAGGAUGUGGACUAUGCUCACAGGCCAAGCUUGAUUUGCUCACAGAUCAAGCUGUGGUGAGAAUGCCAAGCUCUGUCCCCAAGUGCACAGGCUGCAAGAUGCUUGAGGGUCCCCUCGUGGUGCCAAGACCACCUUGGCUUUGCACUGGGAAGAAUUCUUGCCAGCUGUCCACUCUGGGAAGGUGGUGGACUCUCCAUUCCUGGGGCUCUUAUGGGAGAUUUGAUGGGCAUCUUUCAAGGAUAGGGAAAACUGUCCUGGGUGAGAUGUUCCUGGAGGUCUUUUCCAGCCUUGGGAUUUUUCUGUGCUGCCACUGCUGGGAGGGAUAAACAGAGAGCAGGAAGGGAGAAGCUGAGCUGGCUCCCAGCUGGGAGGGGAAAGAGAAGUGCAGUAAGGGCUCUCCUCUGCCAGGCAGUGUUUCAGAACCUGUAAUGUGCCAACAAGUGUCCACAAGCAGGCAGGUGCUCCCUGAACUCAUUGCUGGGCCUCAGUGGCAUCCCCAUUUCCAGCAGGCAAUUCCCAGCCCUUCAGCCACCUCAGACUGGCUCUUGGCCACAUUUCCCACGGAGAGAGAAGCCACUGGUACUGCUGAUCACUGAAGCCAUGAGGUCACUCUCCCAGCUGUGCUGGGACCAGGUGCUGGAGGGGAAGGCAAACAUCUGCUCAGCAGCCAGCACCCAGCCGAUGGCUCGAGGUGUCCCAUCUUCUUCCAGCACCACCAGCUCCUUCCUCAUCCUCCUCAAAGCCAGCACCCAGCAGAGAGAGCUGCAGGUGAGCUGAGAGGAGGUGAGAAGCAGAGAUGAGGUGGUGCUGGAUGAGGUUUGCAGAUCCUCUCCAGGUUUUUGGCUGUCCAAUCCCCACAGCACCACUGGCUGCAUGGAGAGGAGCCACUUUCCAUCCUCUGGAGGAGAAGCUGGGGCAGGUUUUGCUGCAGGGAGCAGCCCUGUCACCGUGGCCAAGGGACUCCCCAGGUGUUCAGCAAAUGCAGUGAGCAGUGCUGCAGGUUCCACAGGUCUGGCUGUGACACACGGAAGGGUGGCAGUGCUGGUGUCACCCCCUGGGUGAUCCCUCUUCCCAUCAGCGGCCCAGGGCUGAACUUCACCUCCUUUGGGAUCUUCUUUUGUUGCUUUUUUCCCCCUCCUCUCUUGCAAAAUGUAUGGGUUUCUGUGGCAAAAAAAAAAUAAAGCCAGAAUAGAUGUUAGUAUUAGUUAAUAAUGUCUUGCUUUCUUUUUAAACAAAUGUAAUGAGCUCCACUGUACUGCAGGAGGGUCUGAAGCCACCACAUUGCAGGGGAGAGCCUGCACUCACCCAAACCUCCCCAAAUGCUUCUCAUCCUCAGUCAUUUGCAAGUGGUUUCCUGCCAGGUAGAAGAUUUUGGUAGGGAGUGCAAAGCUGGGGUGUUUUUUUGCACUCUUUAAAUAUUUAUAUAAUCAAACCAGGAAACGUGCAAAAAUCAAACUGGAGCUCUGAUUUACUUCAAUGAUUUAAUAUUCUUUAGAAGAAGCAUUUAAAUAAAUAGUGGGCUGUAAUUGCUCUCAUAAUUCACUGUAUCUACAAUAAACACCAUGUAGAUUA